AUGAACAUCGAAUCAAUCCAGGCGGCAACGGCGUUUAGGCACCUUAGAACCUCGACUUCGAGCCAGCGCCUCAGCCAGAUCGAACAAAUCCGAGCGCAUGGAAUUGGCGAGGUUGUAGCCUUGCCUCAGCUGGCCGUAUGCGGAGACCAGUCUGCGGGAAAAAGCUCCGUCCUAGAAGCAAUCACCGGUAUACCGUUUCCUCAACAAGACGGUCUUUGCACUCGGUUCCCCACUGAGAUUACCCUCCGACACAGUGAAGCGACCCAGUCGAUAACCAUCUUUGCGAGUAUCCGGCCGCACUCCGUCAGGUCCCGGAAGGAGAAAGACUACCUUGCAUCCUACCAGAAGACUCUGGGAGCGAUAUCCGAGCUGCCCUCGAUCAUAGCAGACGCGUCAAAGCUCAUGGGAAUUCGAGGAUACGGAGGUCAAAAGAAUGGACCUGCCUUUGCCGCUGACGUCCUCCGCAUCGAGAUAACAGGCCCCAUUGGUUUGCAGCUGAGCGUUGUCGACCUGCCUGGCUUGAUUUCCGUGGUUAGUGAGGAGCAGAAUGAGAACGACGUGGUCAUGAUCCACGACAUGGUGACGAGUUACCUCCAGAGCUCUCGCACCAUUAUCCUGGCUGUUGUGCAAGCGAGUAACGACUUCGCGAACCAGUGUAUUAUCAGAAUGGCGCGCAAACAUGACCCAGAAGGCCAGCGCACGGUGGGCAUCAUUACGAAGCCGGACUUGAUCAACCAGGGCACCGAGUCUAAAAUUGCACGAAUUGCCAAGAAUCUGGAUACGAUCAAACUCAAACUAGGUUUCUUUCUACUGAAGAAUCCAAGCCCCAUGGAGCGUAAAGACUGCCAUUCUAUGACCGCAAGAUCAGCCCUCGAAGAUCGCUUCUUUUCAAGACCAUCAUGGGCCAUCCACCAUCUGGACAAAAAGCGCAUUGGAUCGGAAAGCCUACGUACUUUUUUGCAGAAGCUUCUUGACUCUCACAUCGAGCACGAACUGCCAAAGGUGCGAAACGAGAUCAAAAAGCGAUUGGAUGCCACCGAGGCGGAACUGCGGUCGAUGGGGGACGCUCGAUCAACUGUAGGCGACAUCCGCAGCUUCCUUACGUCUCUCAGUAUGGCGUUCUACGACAUGCUCCAAGCAGCCCUUGACGGGAAUUAUCACACUCUCAGGCAUGACUUCUUCGACUCCAAUCAAAACGCUCGGCUGCGGGCUUUGGUCCAGCAAGCCAACACCAACUUCGCCACAUUCAUGCGAACGCAGGGGGCACGUCGCGUCGUUCGUGAGGAGCCGGCGGAGACGGAAGAGGCUGAAGAGGCGGAAGAGCCCGAUGAAGAUGAAGACGAGCAGUUGGAACAGGUUGAUGAUAACCUGUUCCCCCAAAUAUAUGUAACUCAGCAGGAGAUGAUGGAUUGGAUCAAAGAGGUCUAUUCUCGAACCAGAGGUAAAGAGUUGACAGGUAGCUGUAACUCGGCGCUCCUCGCAGAGCUUUUCCAGGAACAGUCCCGCCGGUGGGCUCAUAUUGCUGAGGGGCAUAUUCUCGACGUGCGCGCCCUUAUCUUUGUGUGGAUAGAACAGGCUGUCCGCGCUUUGGUACCCGAGGAUGGAGUCCGCGCAGAGGUUGGAAACAUGCUGUACGGAUGGCUUGACAGCGCGCACAAGUCUGCAUUUGAGGAACUCGGCAAACUUCUGCAAGAUGAGCGGCGCCAUCCUCUGACAUACAACCACUAUUACACCGACAACGUCCAGAAGGAGCGCCAGGAAGGGCGCAGAAAUAAGGUGCGCAAUUUAUUCACUCGUGAAUUACAGAAGAAGUGGCAAGGAAAGCUUGAAAUCCUCAGCAAGUCCGACCCGGUCCUCGAGAAGUUCCUGAGCGGGGUCGAUCGCCGGAUCGUGGUUGAUAUGGAAUAUCAGGCUUGCAGUGAGGCCCUCACGCAGCUUGACGCAUACUAUAAAGUUGCUAUGAAAACAUUUGUCGAUAACGUGGCCCGUCAAGUCAUCGAACGCCACCUGAUGGGAUCUUUCUCCGAAGCCUUCAAUCCAACUUCAGUUGCUCGAAUGUCGGACGAUGAACUUCUGCGGAUUGGAUCUGAGCCACAACAUGAGGCUGAUCGACGAGCCAGACUUAACAACAUGGCGCAGGCUUUGAGACAAAGCCUACUGGUUCUCCAGAGGCCCGCUUCGUGA